AUGACUAUUGUCAUCCGAGAGUCACUGAGGGCUCUUAAAGACUCUGCUUCGCAGCAAAUGGCACAAAGCCAGAAGGAGGUGGAACGAGAACAAGAGGUGCUGAAGCAGCAUGAGAAGGCAUGCCAGAUGUAUGAGGCACGCAUUGAUGCUCUCACAAAGAAGAAAGAUGCUUUGGAGAAGAAGAAGGAGCUAGCCAUGAAAAAGGUGAGCAAAGACUACAAGGCUGCCCUGGGAUCGCUGCAUGUGCAGGACAUUGAGGAGCUGCGGAGCUAUCGCCAGCCCCCAGCUUUGGUGGUCCAGGUGACAGACACCCUCUGCCUGAUGUUCCACGUGGAGCCAGGAUGGGAGAGUGCCAAACUGCUGCUCAACAGGGAGGAGUUCUACCAG